CUCCCUCUCCCCCUUUCUCUCAGCCUUUCCCUCCCACACGGUCAAGAUAAAACUGUUAUCUCACCGAUUCCUCCUUCUCUGUCCCCUGCAGAUGGCCGGGUGUACGCCCUGGGGGGUAUGGGUACGGACACGGCCCCCCAGGCCCUGGUGAGGGUCUACGAGGCGGAGAAGGACCAGUGGCUGCCCCUGACCUCCAUGCCCACCCCCCGCUACGGAGCCACGCCCUUCCUCCGCGGGAACAAGAUCUACGUCCUCGGCGGGCGUCAGGGCAAGCUGCCGGUGACGGCCCUGGAGGCCCUGGACCUGGAGACCCGGAGCUGGACGCGGUACGCUUGCAUCCCCAGCCGGAGGGCCUUCUCCUGCUGCGCCUCCACCGAGCGCAGCCUGUUCAGCCUGGGCGGCCUGCAGCAGCCCGGGCCCCACAACUUCUACUCCCGGCCCCACUUCGUGAGCACCGUCGAGGAGUACGACCUGGACCAGGGUGUGUGGCUGAAGCCCACCAGGGGGUCCAGGAUGCGGGAGAAGAGGGCUGACUUUGUGGCCGGUUGUCUGGGAGGACGACUCAUCGUGGCUGGGGGCCUGGGGAACGAGCCCUCUCCGCUGGGCUCGGUGGAGAGCUACACCCCCGGGAAGCGGCGCUGGGAGUACCUGCCGCCCAUGCCCACGGCGCGCUGCUCCUCCGCCUCCGUGCAGACUCCCAGCAUGCUCCUGGUCAUCGGGGGCGUGGCCCAGGGCCCCAGCGACGCCGUGGAGGCCCUCUGCCUCCAGGAGAACGUUUGACCACGCCCACCGCGCCCGCCGGAGAGCGGGAACCCUACAGGAUGCACCACGGUGGCUGCUGGUUGGCUCGUUGAGACGGUGGACGCAAGGCAUUGUGGGGAACUUUCACCGCCUCUUUCCGAGCCUGGUCUAUAGCUCCGUACUGUGUGCGUGCUGAUUGGCUCGUCGGGACAGUGGACGCAAAGCAUUGUGGGAAACUUUCUCCUUCUCUUUCGGAGCCUGGUCUACAGCUCUGUACUGUCCGCGUGCUGAUUGGCUCGUCGGGACGCUGGACGCAAGGCAUUGUGGGAAAACUUUCACCGUCUCUUUCCGAGCCAGGUCCACAGGUCUGUACUGUCCGCGUGCUGAUUGGCUCGUCGGGACGGUGGACGCAAAGCAUUGUGGGAAACUUUCACCUUCUCUUUCGGAGCCUGGUCUACAGCUCUGUUCUGUCCGCGUGCUGAUUGGCUCGUCGGGACGGUGGACGCAAAGCAUUGUGGGAAACUUUCACCUUCUCUUUCAGAGCCUGGUCUACAGCUCUGUACUGUGUGCGUGCUACACCACAUCACACCCCCUGGACUCGUGCACAGAACUACACGCACGGGGUGUUGACGUGGUCCAAUGUACACUCUGAGAUCUCAUCUCCAACACAGACCUGUUCCCUAAUGGACCCAAGGCUUCUGUCUUCUGACCGGGAACGCUUUGAGCAGUUGGGUCCACUUUGCUGUUUUCAAGCCCAAAAUGAGUCACAAAGCAGGCUGGGCUCCCUGGGAGCAGAGGGGAGCGAGGGCCGGACGAAAGACAGAAAACAGACUGUUUACACACACUGGGGAAAUCAGAGGAGAAAACUACCACCACACGCACACAAACAGACACACACACACAAAGGAACAUACACACACACACACACACACAGUCACAUGAGAACACACACACAGACACACGCACACCCGAGGAUACACACACGAGAACAAAUACACACACAUGACAACACACACACACACAAGAACAGACACACACACAAGAACAGACACACAAGAACAGACACACACAAACCCGAGGACACACACACACAUGCAGCGCCUGCAGCGACAACAUGCCUUUUGAACAGUCAUAGUUUUUUCAAAAUAAAAGCAGGGUACUUCUUGGAUACUUAAAGGAACACAGGGCCAUAUCUGUUUCCCGCUCUGGGUGGACCUCAGAGCCUUUUCUAAGCCCUUCCUCUCGCGUUCUGGGCUGCGUGACGUGUGUAGUUGUUGUGUCUUUUUUUUGCCCGCUGCUGUUGUGUGUAAAAUGAGGGUAUGUGGUUAAAUCCCGUGAUUACAUGGGCUGAGGCAGCUGGACGGCAGAAGAUAGCAGAAGAUUACUCCACCACCUCCACCACCACCGCCACCAUGUCACCACCUCCAUCCACAACGUCAUCCUGUGAGUCUCAAAUCUGUUUUAUCACCAUGGAGACAUGAGCUAGAGUGGAUGCUGCCCUUCUCAUUGCCCAUUGGCAAAAAACAUUCACCUCCUCAACAGCCAAUCAAAAAUCAAAUGCAGGAGGGAAGCGUCUACAGCUGGUCAUCAGCUAGCUCAGAUUAUCACGUCAGCGCAGGGUACAGGGAACUGAAAUACAUUUGCGUGGUUGAACUUAAGAGGUAAACGGGAAAGGUCUGAUCUCUUAACGAAGCAGUCUUAGUUUUCAUGCUCCCGGGAGUCGGUGAGCCACGGCUGUACCACGUACACAUAACCUCCGACCAAAAUCCAAAGUCUUGGCGAAUUUGUUUUAAACUUUCAGCCAUGCAGUGGAAGCAGCAGGGAGGAAAGUAGUGACACAAAAUGUUGUUUGUUCUAAGUCAAGAAGUACUUGGUCAAUUAUCGCCUCUCUCUCUUUGCUAUUUCAGCGCAGCACAAACAAAGGACUCAUUAUCUGGGUUGCACCAACUCUGUUCUGAACAAUCUUUUCCCGAAUUGCCUCUUUGUCUGAAUCCAUUCCGAUGGGUUUCGAGCGACCUCGUUAUCCCGCGUCCCAUGUUGACGUAAGCCAAGCUACGAAACGCUACUCACCGUCGUUACUUUUUUAUUAUUCAUCCAGAAUCUCAAGGCUGUCUUGAGAUUCACUUUAAUGACGCCUCAAAAAGAAAUCCCACAGCGCUUCUUGGCGUUUAGUGUAAACCCGACGCCGCUGGCCUUUGACACACCGAGAGCCAAUUAUCCCGCCCCCACGCAGAGUGUCCAUAAGUCCGGCAAGGAGCGAGGAACGCGGUACGCUAGUUAGCUCCCCUCUCCGACGGUGUGCUGCACGGCCCGUUGCCACGGCGCCAGACAGACUGGGAGUCCAGCAGGACACUGAGGAGCCGACCGUGUCCAGGGAGUGUGUACUGCAGAGCUAAUGGGUUUAUUCAGGGGCUGUGUGACAUGUAACACUGCACUGGCUACAUGCAGGGGAAAGACUUGGGGAGAACGGGAUACUGAGGGAGCAUCAUGCUAGUACUUCCAGCAGCGUUGAAACGCUGUUCGAAACACUAGUAUAAUGCUCCCUUAUUACAUUAACGUUUAGGGCAUUUAGCAGAUGCUUUUAUCCCGAGCGACUUACAAUCAGUACAUUUGUCAGAAGAACUAUGAUCAACCAUAUAUCGCUGUAGGUACAGUAAGGAUGUUCAUAGAGCCAAGUGCCAAGCACAAACAAUUGCAAGGUUAACCCAUUCCCUGUAUACAACGAAGAUAGCUAGGAUAAGAUGCUACUAAUUUUAGGUUCAAGGACGUACAACAUACAAUUAGUGCGUACAGUAUUCGGUUCUCCGUCCAUCCUGAUGUAUUUCAAACCGGUUUUGUUUGUUGUCUAUUCUCGCGGCCAGGGCCUCUUCAGCCGUCGAUUCAGCAGGAGAUUGAAUGUGUGACAAAGGGUGCGUGAAAGAAAGAGAGAUACGGAUAAUGACAGUAGAGGGGGAGAUAUAACCGAUUGGAGCCCUGACAACAAAACACCAAUCUCAGAAUGCUGAGAGGGCUUUUCUUUAAAUCCAACUGUCCCUCAAACACACAAUGGAAGACACACACACACACGAUGGAGGACACCAAGUUAAUCAUUCUGCUCCUCUUUGCCAGCCAUCACUGCAAGGUUGAAUCAAGUUACAGUGUGUGGUCUUGUGUGCGUGUGCGGGUGCACGAACCCUGUGUUGUUGUGUCUGCUUGUCACCUCCAAAUACAAUUCCCGUAAUUUUGAGAUGGCCUGCUCGUAAUGAAACUGGACAACUCCAACAAAUUGAGAAAAAUGUCAUCCGAAUCGUACAAACCACAUUGUGUCAUCGUCCAACGAGGAGGAAGAGGCGGGAAAGGGCAUCGCUCCGAGGUUUUUAUAGAUCCGACAGAAUGUUCAUGUCUCAGGGGUUGUAAUGGAUUUACCAGGAUUCCUAGUGUCUGAGCUUGUGUGUGUGUGUGUGUGUGUGUGUGUGUGUGUGUGUGUGUAGCCUCAUCUACAUGUAUCAUCUGUCUGUUUUCCGACCCUAUGGAUCCCUGAAGAAGAGGAGCCGCUGUUUUCCUCGGUUCGGUAAUUCAUUAUCUGUCUCUCUGACUCAGCUUUAAGAGCUGUACAACUGAAUGACUCAGUGCUCUAGAGGCUCUGCAGACCUGCGUAGGACUCGGACCAGAGUUUGUACAGCUUCCACGUAAAAAAGUUACCAAAAGGAUGAUCUUUACACCUACUUUUCUCUGAGAUAUCUCUUUACAUACCAUUCAAAUUCUCACAUUAUGGUAAGAAGCAAUACCUGUGAUGGGAUUGAGUAAAUUCACAUUAAUUACAAAUUAAUUAUGUUGUUUUAAGAAAGUGAUCAAGCCGAACAUUGGUUUGUAUUGGGUGACAAGUUACCUUGUACUCAUUACCCAUCACCCAUUACCUCACAGGCCUUCUGAUAGGUAGACUAUUUUUCCCGCUCUUUCAGACUCUUUUCCCGCUCUUUUCCUCAAGACGUUAACAGACUCAGGUCCGGGAGCAAAGAUUUAACUUCCCAUGGCAACCAACCAGUGCUUAUAAUUCAAAUUGAUCAAAUAAGUCAGAGGCUUGUGUCAGAACUGUGUUAUUUUUGAACCAUGGAAAGCCUCUCCUUUGUGUGUUUUUUGUUUGCGGGGACGGAACUCUGAACACUGUUUUCCAGGCAAAUGGAAGGAACCGUGGCAACGCCCCCAGGUAGCAACACCCACAGGUAGCAUAGAUGUUAAAAUAACGUUUAAUUAGCAUAGCCUAACUUCAUUUGUUUUUUUUAGUACAUACAGCUUCAAAAUACUAGUUGGGGACAUUGUAGAAGACAUUGGUGAAUAGCUACAUUUUAUUUUGUGUUCGCCCUCCAAUUUAUAGUAUUGUUUAACUGCGUGUUUGUUUCUAAGUGAAAUGCUAGCUAACAUGUUACAUGUGGUGACUUUUAGAUUGUUCUACAGUUUAUUUGUUUCAUUCUUAUUAUGUUGUACUAUUUUCAUGUUUUGUGUUGGACACUAACAAAUUUGUGCAGACAUUUUGGUAAAAUGACUCGCAAUGUGUUAAGAGUUAGAUAAAUUCACUGUUGUGCACUGGUUCUUUCUAAAGAAAGAGGUUUAAAGCAAUGUGUUGUUUUAUAACUGGGUUGAUGUUAUGAUGUGCUUUUCAGCUCGAUGGAUCAACGUUCAAAUGUUGUGUCCGUACUUAUGGUGAAGCUGAAUUUGAUGUACGUGACGAGAUGUGUUGGUUUAGGGGUGUGUGUCUGUGUGGAAGGAGACAUUUAAAAGAUCUAAGCGUAAAAUAUUUCUUUAAAUAUAUAUUUAUACUAGUGUGACUACACUACUAAGCUAAUUCUGUCAGGGGCCCUUGUACUAAUUUAAUCAAGCAGAGAUCCACAUGAUCACUUCACAUACUUUCAUUGAAUACAACAUUAUUGGGAAACCAAUCAAUAAUAAUUAACAAUAAUAAUAUCACAUGACCAUGACCAUACAAAUAAAGAUUCUCCUCUCAUUCAGUUUUCGGGUUGAGAAUAUACGCAAAAUUCUUUCAGUGUCGUUUAUAAUAAUCCUUUUUCCCCAGUGUAUUUGACUAUUGUGAAAUCAGGCUGUGUUUGGUACGAUACUAGUGGUGUACAGAAGAGAUCAUUCGUUCUGAGGUUAAUGACACGUUAUUGGCCCGAAACAAACGUAUGUUUACUAAACUCUUAAACUCGGAAACUGCUGUUUUACGCAAUUCACUUUCCCUGCGUGAACUCUGUUUUGCGCUGCACUUUGCGACAGCCGCAACACGACUAGAGUCCGGGGAAGGUGCGGUCUGACGGGGUGUUUAUGGCUACCGAUCAGCCCAUGGGCCGGUGAGUCUGCUCGGAUCUCGUUGUUACAGACAAACGUCUGUGAUCGUCUCUCCCGUUCAGUAGUUCAGUGCCUAUAUUAAGUGUGAGGUUGUGCCUCAACUAUGAACUCUGUUCCACAAUAAACUAUUUUGACUUGCUGUCA